AUGGGUAAAGGUGUCAAGGGUGCCGCCUCUGGCGAUCGUCUCGAGAACAUCGAGAUGUACGACACUGCUCAGCAGGGAAGCUACACGGACCGUCGCGACAUGACCAAGGAUCAAAUGGAAGAUGCUGUCCGCAGUGGAAGUGUCCCUCACGUCAACACCAGCGAAGCCGUGGAUAUCGCUAAGAAUGGUGGCUGGGAAGUCGAUGCACUCAUGACCGAGAUGCAGAAUGAAAUUGACGCUCAGGGUGGAGAAGGCAACGGCCAUUUCGAUCUCGAAUUCAAGAACCCCAAAUACUUCACUUACCUCAUCGUGGCAUUCGCUUCCAUGGGUGGUAUGCUUUCUGGAUUGGAUCAAUCUCUUAUCUCCGGUGCCAACCUCUUCCUUCCUGAGGAUCUCGGCCUCAAUGACCGCCAGAACAGUUUGGUCAACUCUUCCAUGUCCCUUGGAGCUGUCGGCGGCGCCAUUAUUCUUUCUCCCGCCAACGAAUAUCUUGGACGUCGUUGGGCUAUCAUCCUCUCGUGUAUUCUGUACACCAUCGGUGGUGCUCUCGAAGCGGGUGCCAUGGACUUUGCGAUGAUCAUCACUGCCCGUGUAAUCUUGGGCGUAGGUGUGGGACUUGAGGGUGGUACCGUUCCAGUGUAUGUUGCCGAAACCGUUGAGAGAAGACUCCGUGGAAACAUGGUCUCCCUCUACCAAUUCGCUAUCGCGUUCGGUGAGGUUCUUGGUUACGCCGUUGCCGCCAUGUUCGUGACUGUUCCCGGCAACUGGAGAUACAUCCUUGGCAGCUCGCUGGUCUUCUCUACUAUCAUGGGUAUCGGUAUGCUUUACAUGCCCGAAUCUCCCCGCUUCCUCAUGCACAAGGGUAAGCCCGUGGAAGCCUUCAAAGUCUGGAAGCGCAUCCGUGGUAUUGAGACGCUGGAUUCUCGCGAGGAGUUCUAUGUCAUGAAGAUGUCUCAGGAACAAGAAGAUCAGGAAGUUGCUAAUGGCCGCGGAAACGCCAAGUACCCCUGGAUGGAUCUCUUCACGGAACCCCGUGCUCGCCGUGCCUUCGUCUACGCCAACAUUAUGAUUGCGUUGGGCCAGCUGACUGGUAUCAACGCCAUCACUUACUUCAUGAGCACUCUGAUGCAGCGUCUUGGCUUCGACAAGUACCAAUCCAACUACAUGUCCCUGGUCGGUGGCGGGUCGCUUCUUCUCGGUACCAUUCCCGCCGUACUUCUCAUGGAGAGAUGUGGUCGCCGCUUCUGGGCUUGUUCGACUCUCCCUAUCUUCUUCGUCGGUCUUAUCAUCGCUGGUGUAUCUCAAUACUGUGGUGGCCAAGGUGCCCAGAUGGGUGUCUAUUUAGCUGGACUUGUGAUCUACGAGACAGCGUUCGGAACGUACGCCUGCCUGACAUGGGUCAUUCCUGCCGAGUCUUAUCCCACUUAUCUGAGAUCCUACGGUAUGACAACCUCAGACGGCUGGUUGUUCCUCUCCUCCUUCAUCGUCACCUAUAACUUCACCGCUAUGUCCAAGGCGUUCACGAACAUUGGUCUCACUGCUGGAUUCUACGGCGGCAUCGCAUUUGUUGGAUGGUUUUACCAACUCUUCUUCAUGCCUGAGACCAAGGACAAGACUCUCGAGGAGAUCGACCUUAUCUUCUCUCAGCCCACCAGCAAGCUCGUUGCCCAGAACUGGAAGAAUGUCAAGGAGACCACCAACGAUCUCCUCCGUUUCAGAUUCAAGAAGGUCUUCAUCGAUGCUCACAACGCACCCGCUGUUGACUUCAGCCAAGGCAAGCACGAGAUUGGUCACCAGGCUUAA